AAGUCUUUCCCCUCCAGCACCGCCCUCGGGCUGAAGCGCAGACCGCCGCGGGGCGGGGCGGGGGGGCACCCGCACGCCUUACUCUCCGCUCGUAGAGCCAUAGAGAUGCCGCCCUGCCCCGGGCAGAUAGAGUGUCCGUUCCAAGAAGCAGCGCGAGCGGCCGUCCAAGGUUAUCGGCGUAGAGCCAAGUCCCGCUUCCUGCCCUGGCCAUAGAGGAGCCGGUGGAGUUGGACAGAGCGUCUCCCAGUCCGGCCAUAGAGUGGCUGCCGGCCGUCGCCGGCUCGGGGGCGUCUCGCCAUUUUAGAGGAGAGAGGCGGAGGCCGAGCCGAGGCCAGUCAGGUGCAGAGCUGCCAUGGGAAACACCACUAGUGAUCGACUGUCUGGGGAACGCCAUGGCUCCAAAUCUCACCGCUCCGAUGGAGCCAGUAGCACCCAUUCCACGAAGGAUCAUCCCCACAAGAUCAUGGUGGGCAGCACUGAUGACCCCAAUGUUUUCAGCACCCUUGACUCCAAGCUUGCUGGGGAGAAGGAGUUUAUGUCAUGGCAGCAUGAUCUGGAAGAGUCAGUAAAGCCUUCACAGCAGGCUCGUCCCACUGUCAUCCGCUGGGCUGAUGGAGGCAAGGAGGUCUUCAUCUCUGGGUCCUUCAACAACUGGAGUGCCAAGAUCCCACUCAUCAAAAGCCACAAUGAUUUUGUUGCUAUUCUGGACCUGCCCGAGGGCGAGCACCAGUACAAGUUUUUUGUGGAUGGCCAGUGGGUUCAUGACCCUUCAGAGCCUGUGGUCACCAGCCAAAUGGGCACCAUUAACAAUCUGAUUCACGUCAAGAAGUCUGACUUCGAGGUAUUUGAUGCAUUAAAGGUGGAUUCUCUGGAGAGCUCAGAGACUUCGUGUCGAGACCUGUCUAGCUCCCCACCAGGACUCUAUGGCCAGGAAAUGUAUGUGUAUCGACCGGAGGAGCGCUUCAAAUCCCCACCCAUCCUCCCUCCUCACCUCCUCCAAGUCAUUCUCAACAAGGACACCAACAUCUCUUGUGACCCAGCUCUUCUACCAGAGCCCAACCAUGUCAUGCUCAACCACCUCUACGCACUCUCCAUUAAGGAUGGUGUAAUGGUGCUCAGUGCCACUCACCGCUACAAGAAGAAGUAUGUCACCACUCUGCUGUACAAGCCCAUCUGAUCGUGUGCCUCGCUGCGUAGCACACGAGGAAUGCCACGUUGUCUGCACGCACUGGGCCAUAGGCCUACGAAGAACUGGUGGUUGGCUCUAGCUGAACCUGGCAGGGGUGGAAGGGGAUGAGCCCAGCCCUGCUGGGUGUCUGAGCUAUUCCCUCAGUAUUCUGUUGGUGAGAUUUGAUUUGACCCUUUCAUAGCCUCCCUCUGUGGAGUCCUCUGGCUUUGCUGAGUUCCCUGGCUUGGCCUGCUGCCUGGCUCCCAGCGGGGGAGUCACAGCAGGGAAGGAGCUGCUGAAAGCUCUUCCCCAGCCCCUCUGCCUGUAAAGGCUUUGGCCAGUUCCUCCAGCAGUUGCCUGCGGUGGGGCAGAGCCAUGUCACUCUCCCUUUGUACCCCAUGCCAAGGCCCUCCAGAAUGGCCUGCCUCGGGGCAGAGUGCAGGGGGUGUCUGCACCUAAGCUCUGCAGGCCUGGGCUGGCUUCCUACCUCCCUGCACUCAGCUGAUGGGACUGGAACGUGCACCUGGCUCCCCUGAGCAGAGACCAGGGUUAGUUCCAACACCACACACUCACUGCGUCAGAGGAUUCGUUCCAACCCCCCUCCCCCACCACCACCACCACAUACGCACACUAUCCUGCCUGCCUCAGGCAUCACCACCCCUCUCGAGCUGUGGGCCUAGGCCCCAGAAUGCUGAGCCUUGACUUCUGUGGGGCCAAGAGGUGAGAAUUUCCCAGGUUUAGGCCAUGGCAGAAGGGCUCAGUGCUGCCCUCCUGGCCUGUGUAGCAUAGGAACUGCAGCUGUGACAGAGCAAUUAGUGCCCCUGAGAGGAAGAGCCUGAGCUGCUGAGAUGUCUGUUGGCUGGAGCCUGGGAGCUCGCUCUCCUGCUGGGUCCGUGGCCUUUGCACAAGCUCUCGCAUGUUUCCCAAGUGCCAGUCUGGAUAUUUUGUGGGAAGAACUGCAGUGCUAGUGGCCAGAAGCUGCCAGGGCUGCUCUGUCUGGGCAGGAGGCUCUCUCAUGCACCGGGGUUCUUGGCCUGGAAGCUGAUCUCGCUGUUGGGACGACAGUCUCCUGCCCCAUUGCGCUGAAGUGGCUGGUUCCAUCUUGGCUAAGAGCUUUCCCAGGGUCCCAGUGCAGCCUGCCCCCCACUGAGCCCCUUCUCUCACUCUUCAGUGCAAGGUUCUCCACAGAGCUCACUGGCUCUGCAGCCCUUCUUUCUGGGGGGAGCACUGGUGGUUGAGCUCAGCCUCCCUGGUUCACUUAUCCUGAGGAAUGUUUAGUGAGUGUCAUUGUCACAAGCCCUUUGGGCUAAGCCUCUGCCAGGUUCAGCUAUUAGCUUGCGGGUGUGGGUGGGGAGAGGGCACUGCCAUUGUACGCCGUUGCACUUUACUAGUCACAAGGAGAGCACUGGCUCCCAGUCCUCUUGGAGUAGCUCCAGGGGAGGGGGGGGUUGCUUUGUGUGAUGGUGAGAUGAGCAUGGCUGUGCAUGCACCGUAGCAGCUUCCAGCGGGGCCACAGCUCUGCUGGACCCUGGAAGGGCCACAGAUGCCUGUGUGGGAGGCCAAGCUGGACACGCAGUAGCAGCUUCUGCCCAGCCCAGUCACACCAGCACGGCCAUAGUGCUCACUGACCAAGAGGGAAAUUUCUGCUUAGAGGGGAAAAGGAGGCAGGGCCAAGCCCGUCCUUCUGGGGCGGCUGCCUCUUCCCCCUUUGGGGUGGGGAGGACUUGGCAGUAAGGGCUCGCUGACAGGUCAGCCCAGCACUGCUGCGGUGCUGGGAAGGGCAGGCACUGGCUCUAGGCUAUUGAUUGAUUAAUUCUUGCUCUCUGUGCUGCGGGGUCUGGUCACUGUUAGGGCUGGUGCUAGCGCUAACGGGUAGGAGAGAUGCUGGCUGCCUCAGGCCACACCAAGAGCCAGAGGCUCAGCUUGCUCCCUGAUAACUGUCCCUGUGAGCACCUGUCAGCUGCAGGGGGCAGAGGGCCAAGUGAGGCAAUGCUGCCAAGCUGUAUGGGGCUGUUGCUGUCAAGGUGGAAAGCCCAGAGUCUGGGUGUUGUGGCCACUUAGCUGCCACUCUGCAGCGAGGCAUUGGGGCUUGGCUAAAGGAAAGGGCUUGGACCAGGACAUGCUGACACGGGCUCCAAUUGCCAGCCCCUCACAGUCCCCAGUCCUGGAGGCAGGGGCCUAAGAGGGGCAGGUCUCCUGGUGCUAGGGUCACACACCCAGGAGAGCUCAGCCUACCACAAGGGGGAAGCAGCUGAGCCCCUUGUCUUGGCCCAGGCCUGUAGCACAGCAAAGGAAUGCAGAGUGGCUGUCACAGCUGGCGCCUGCGUGUCAGGUCCCUGCAUGCUGCACGGGGGUGGUGGAAUCCCCAGCAUCGAGCUGAAGGCACCCCCCUGGUCCCGGUCCUGCCCUGCCCUGCUGGAGCAGCAAGUGCAAAAGCCCUAGGAGGCCCUGCUGUCAGUGCCUGUGCUGUAGCUCCUGGCUGUGCUUUCCCGCAGGAGCUGCAGCAGAUGCACAGGGCUAGUGACGCUGUGGGGGGGAGGUUCGCCUCAGCCCUUUCUGAUAACAGCCCGGAGAGCUGUUUACUGCUGAACACAAUGGCUGGUAGCUGGAGCGAGGGGGCUCUCUCAUGCCCUGGGUUUGGCCUGCUGCUGGCUCUGGGAUGGGGGUGCAAGCCUGGGUUUGGGGUGGGAGGGACACUACAUGUGCUAGGCUCCCUUGCUGAUUUGAUGUAACUUGUAAAGCCAGGCUAAGAUGUUGGCCCAAAAAUGUGACUAAUAAAGUUUGUUGCAGAAGUUG